AUGGUCAACCCCUGCAUAGCUGUGGUGGCGGGCACCCUGACCACCUGUAAUAUUCCACGGGCCUUCCUGGAGUCCACCAUUGCCAACUGGAUGGAAGAAACCAUGCACUCCUCCCAAUGGAAGAUCGGCCUCACUUGGCUCCAUGCCUUCUUCCCGCACGUCCUGAGUGUGUACAUCACUGUCAAACUCUCAACCAAGUACCCACACCUGCAGUGGUUCUACACGGCCUUGGGCAUGGUGAUCAUAGGUGCCAGUUCGUGCACCGUAACAGCUUGUAAAACCUUUGGCCAGCUGAUGGGCCCGUUGUGCGGCAUCUGCUUUGGCAUCACCCUGGUGGACACAGCCCUACUGACCACGCUCGCAUUCCUGGUGGACGUGCGUCAUGUGUCCGUGUACGGCAGUGUAUAUGCCAUCGCGGACAUGUACUGCGUGGCCUAUGCCCUGGGCCCUGUGGUGGCCGGACAGAUAGUCCACGACUUUGUUCAGCUUAACCUGGGCAUGGGCCUUGCCAACGUGCUUUCGCACUGGCGCUCCUCUUACUAA